UCACAUAGUUCAGGUUUUCUAGUUCCAUAUAAGCAGUGACUGGAGUUAGAAAUAAACAAAGAAAUAAAGUUCCUUCAGUAAGGAGUCUAAUUAACAAUGGAAUCUUCUACAGUGCAGCAGGAAACAUUCAACUGCUCUGAAUAUGGAAAUGGAUCUUGCCCAGAAAACCUAAGGCCGCUGGGCAUCCGCACAGCCAUGUACUCAUUUAUGGCAGGAGCCAUAUUCAUCACGGUCUUCGGCAACCUGACCAUGAUCGUUUCCAUCUCCUACUUCAGGCAGCUGCACACGCCAACCAACUUCCUCAUCCUCUCCAUGGCGGUCACCGACUUCCUCCUGGGCUUCACCAUCAUGCCGUACAGUAUGGUCAGAUCAGUGGAGAACUGCUGGUAUUUCGGGCUCACAUUUUGCAAGAUUCAUUAUAGUUUUGACUUGAUGCUUAGCAUAACGUCCAUUUUCCAUCUUUGCUCCGUGGCCAUUGAUAGAUUUUAUGCUAUCUGUUACCCUUUACGGUAUUCCACCAAAAUGACCAUUCCAGUCAUUAAGCGGUUGCUGCUGCUCUGCUGGACAGUCCCUGGAGCGUUUGCAUUCGGAGUGGUCUUCUCCGAGGCCUACGCCGAUGGGAUAGAGGGCUAUGAUAUCUUGGUCUCUUGUUCCAGUUCCUGCCCAGUAAUGUUCAACAAGUUAUGGGGGACCACCUUGUUCAUGGCGGGUUUCUUCACUCCUGGGUCAGUGAUGGUGGGGAUUUAUGGCCAAAUUUUUGCAGUUUCCAGAAAACACGCUCGUGCGAUCAACAACUUAUCAGAAAAUCAAAACACUCAAAUGAAGAAAGACAAAAAAGCAGCCAAAACUUUAGGGAUAGUGAUGGGUGUUUUCUUGCUGUGUUGGUUUCCCUGUUUCUUCACAAUUUUAUUGGACCCCUUUUUGAACUUCUCUACCCCGGUGGUUUUGUUUGAUGCUUUGACAUGGUUUGGCUAUUUCAAUUCCACGUGUAAUCCCUUAAUAUAUGGUUUCUUCUAUCCCUGGUUUCGCAGAGCACUUAAGUACAUUUUACUAGGUAAAGUUUUCACCUCACAUUUCCAUAACACUAAUUUAUUUACUCAAAAAGAAACUGAAUAGACUUAUUCUGUAUGAGUGAAUUGAAGAAAAAGAACUGGAAGUAAGAAGAAUGAAAUCAUUUAAAGUAUGCGUGUGUGUGUGAUGUAUUUUGACUAUCAUGGAAAGCUCUUAGUUUCUAAGACUUGAGGAAAAGAAGAGGA